AUCGCAUAGGAAGCACGCGAGAAAUCGAACGAGCAAGCAAAGAGAUGCGCUGGAGCCCAACGGUUCUUUGGCUCGCCGUGGUGUGCUGGCCGGCCGCGGUCGUGCGGACGCUGGAGACGCGCAACGUGUCACACCCGAUUCGCGGCAGUCACGCGAGGGCGUCGCGGUUCCGGCCUGCACCGGUGCUACGACACGGGUGCGACGGGACGCAGUUCGAGUUCGCCUACACCUGCGACUACGACGGCAGUCGAUGGAGCAGCAACGACGACGCCUUCCGAAUUGUGCCCGCCGAGAGGUUCCAGCACGCGUCUAUCAGAGCCCGCAUCGACAGGUUCGAGGCAAUCAUGUUGGCGCAGCCCCAGCACAUCGAUAUAUCUUUCUACGAUGUGUACUACACCUGGGGCGAUGUCCUCUCUGUUCCUGGGCCAUCUGCUUAUGAAAAAGUUCCGGGCAAAGACUUCAACGUACGACUAUCGAAGGUCAUCAACGACACGGAAAGGAACUACCUCAGCCGGACACUGAACCACACGUACGCGUUUUCGGGCGACUACUACCUCACGGCGGCCCUGCAGAAUCGGACAAGCCGCGGCAUCGAACGAGUCAGCGUUACCAAGAUCACCGUUGUCGACGAGGCGCACCGGUGCAGGCCUCGGCUUCAAGUGGAUGGCCUGGGCCCGUGUGGACGUCCGCUCCCGGUGAGCGCACAGCGGCCCGCGGUCGUCUGGGUGCGCUCGGGAGUAUCCGGGCACUGCAGCCGACCCCUGGUGGCGCGCACCGACGUGCAGUUCGUGGUGCUCUACAAGGGCGGGCCGCAUCAAGCGCCGGUGGUCCAAUGCAGCGGCAGCACGGGUCCACCCGAAUCGUGCGCGCAGGGGAAUUCGCCGCCCGACUGCACCUACAAGGUCACCGUCAAAAAGAGCUGCCUGCGCCAGGGCGAGACAGCCAAGGUGGUGCUGCGCCAGAUGUGGCGCGGCAAGACAGACGUGCUGAUCGAGGCUCUGGCCGUCGGCUACCUGACAGCGAGCAGCAGCGCCCUGCACGCCUCCAUCGACGGCGCGCCGCUGGUCGCCCUGUCCGACGUCGAGACGCUGGUCCUCAACGGCAGUGGUUCUCGUCACCUAGAGAAGCCAGGUCAAGCACUGGCAUUUAGUUGGAGCUGCGACAAAUGCGACAAGAACGAAUCCCUAUACCAAGCAUUCAUCAAGAAGCAACUGGACCAGGAGGUUAUCGAGAUCACGGACGAGCUGCAGUAUGGCUCGACUCAAAUACUCAACAUCACGCUUCGCGUGAGCAGUGAUAGCGACAACGACAGCGCCACAAUCCGCGUGCGCGUUCCCGGAGAUCAGGACGACAUGAUGGCGCUGUCCUGCCCUUGCUGCGAGUUCGGCGUUCUGAGCAGCGAGGACCUGGUGGUGGAGGCCCGGCCACAGCGCACCAAGUUGUGGAACACCAGCUACCCUCUGGUCACGUGGCAAAUACGCGGACCCACGGCUCAGGACGCAGGCGUUCACCGCGUGCCACCCGGCUGCCUCGCCGAGCAGCGCGGGGCAGUGCUGCUGAUGCCAGCCGGGUACAUCACCAGGUCGGGACCGCACAACAUCACGGCGAGCGCUUGGAACCAGAGGCCCCAGGCGGAGGUCCAUUUCGUUCUCACGCACGAGCUUUUCGAGGGCCAGGGUUUGAGAGAGCAGAGUGACCUCCCACCGACGAAAGGUCACUGCCAGGUGACUCCGAAGAAAGGCGUAGCCGUGAAGACCACCUUCCACGUCAGUUGCACAGGCUUCGCAGAUCCCGACGGAGCCUCCCUCAGCUACGGCUUCUACUUCUGCAGUCACGCACCCAACAGGCUCAAGGACUUGGAGGGCGGACGCCCAAAGCCGUGGCAUUCUUGCACGCACAUAAAGUCUAGCCUCGACGACGGCACCUUUGCGGGUGUCCUGCCGGCUGGGAACUCGACGGUGGCCACCACCGACUGCUCUGUGGUCGUGGUCGUCAACGACAACGUCGGGCAGUACGUCUACGACCUGCUAGCAGUGACCAUGGAAAUCGGCUCUUGCAGCGACAUCACGCUGGAGACCGUCGAUGACUACGCCAGGCAAAGCCAGCAGAACAGCCCCGACGCCAUACUCUCGUACAUCAAGAGUUCCGCCAUGUUGUUCAACUCGGAGUUUUACAAACGAUGCAGCCGUCCCGGCAGAACCGCUGGGACCAAAAAUUUGAGCCGCGACGCUGACGUCUUCGACGACUACAUCGGCUAUCUGAAGAACAGCCCCGUGACCACUGAGAACGAACUUCACAAUGCGAUCAGCGUCCUCCAGGUGCUCAUCCCAGACAACGACUCCACCACGACAAAAAAACUUCACAGAUGCGGUGAUUGA